AUGGCUCCCUUAAAAGCUGAAAAUUUCCCAAAGCUUCAAAAUGAUCUUAUUCUUCGUGCUGCUCGUGGCGAAAAGAUCGAACGUGCUCCAGUUUGGAUCAUGAGACAAGCUGGUCGUUAUUUACCUGAAUUUCAAAAACUUCGAAAAAACCAUAGCUUUUUUGAAAUCUGUCGUACUCCUGAACUUGCUUGCGAAUUAACACUCCAACCUAUUGAUCGUUAUGGUAAAUUAUUAGAUGCUUCCAUCAUCUUUUCUGACAUUCUUGUCAUUCCACAGGCUAUGGGACUUGAAGUGCUCAUGGUAGCAGGCAGGGGCCCUGUUUUCACUGCACCUCUUGAAACACCUGAGGAUUUUUCUCGAUUGACUGAAAAUGUCAAUGUAACAAAGGAAUUGGGUUAUGUAUAUGAAGCUAUUACUUUAACUCGUCAUAAACUUGAAGGCCGCGUACCUUUAUUAGGUUUUAUUGGUGCCCCCUGGACAUUAAUGGCUUAUAUGAUCGAAGGCGGUGGAAGUAAAACUUUGGCAAAAGCAAAGAGUUGGUUAUGGAAAUAUCCAAAGGAAUCUCAUGCUUUACUACAACGUAUUACUGAUAUUGCUAUUGAAUUCUUAGUAGGUCAAGUAAGAGCUGGUGCACAGAUGCUACAAGUAUUUGAAUCAUGGGGUGGUGAGCUUUCUCCUUACGAUUUUAAUGAGUACUCUCUUCCUUAUCUUCGACAAAUUUCCACUAAAGUGAAAGAACGUUUAGUUAAUGAAGGAUUAGAUCUUGUUCCUAUGACUAUCUUUGCAAAGGGCUCCUGGUACGCACUUAAAGAAUUAUCGGAAUCCAACUAUGAAGUGGUCUCUCUUGAUUGGACUGUUGACCCUGUCUAUGCACUUGAAGUGACGAAUAAUAAAGUAGCCUUACAAGGCAAUAUGGAUCCUACUGCUUUAUAUGGUGGAUUUGAUGCUAUUCGUGAAAUUGCUACCCGUAUGGUUCAUGCCUUUGGUAAAGAUUCGAGACAUAUUGCUAAUCUAGGUCAUGGUAUUCUACCUACUGUUGAUCCUGAAGCUUUAAGAGUCUACCUAGAAACCGUUCAAAAAGUUUCUGCUGAAAUUAGAAAGUAA